GUUUUGAGGAAGGAUUCAUUGCAUGUUUCUAAAGCCAAUGUAUCUGUGAAAGCAAAACCUCUCAUAUAUAACUGUACACAAUUCUCAACCUAACCCAACAAUUCCGUAAACAAAGAACAACCAAAGAGAAAGAAAAACCUACAUUCCUCUUCUUCUUGUUUCUCUUUUUUUGCCCUACUUCGUUAGGGUUUCAAGUUAUUGACCUUUUUUUUUUCUUGGUAAUGCAUUCAAGCUUUCUUGGUUUAUUUCUGAUCUUGUUUUUCUUCGCUUAUUUGCUUGUUAUUGCAAGUUUUUCUGGUUUUUGGCCUCUUAAUCAAGGUUUCGUCUUUUUUGUGUUCUCCGUCUUCUUCGUCUUCUUAUUUGGGAUUCAAUCAUGCCUACUCUUGUCAACUACAGUGGAGACGAUGAGUUCUAUGCUGGGGGUUCUUUAUGUACAAAUUCCAUGCUUUAUUCAAUUGGCUCCCUCGUUGAUAUAUAUAGCCCUCCUUGCAAGAGGGCACGCACUAGUUCCCCAUUUCUUUUCGGGUCCUCUGAUUUUGAGCAGAAUAAGCAGCCAUCAAUCGACGUUCUACCAGAUGAAUGCCUUUUCGAGAUCUUCAGGCGAAUUCCUGGAGGCAAAGAGAGGAGUUCAUGUGCUUGUGUCUCCAAGAGAUGGCUUUUGUUAUUGAGUAGUAUUAAGAGGGCUGAAAUUUGCGAGAGCAAAACUUUAGUUGCAGAUAAUGAGGUUACAGUUUCUGUUUCCAAUGAUGUUGAAAUGAUCUCUUCUGAUGAAAAUGGGAAAAUUGAGAGUGAUGGGUAUCUUACAAGAUCUUUGGAAGGAAAGAAAGCAACUGAUACGAGACUUGCUGCAAUAGCUGUUGGAACUAGUGGCCAUGGUGGUUUAGGAAAGCUUAUGAUCCGUGGAAGCAACUCUGUUCGUGGAGUCACAGACCUUGGUUUGUCAGCAAUUGCUCACGGCUGCCCAUCAUUGAGGGCUCUUUCUUUGUGGGAUGUACCUUCUGUUGGUGAUGAAGGUUUGUUUAAGAUAGCCAAAGAAUGCCAUUUGUUGGAAAAGCUUGACCUUUGCAAUUGCCGGUCAAUUUCCAACAAGGGCUUGAUUGCAAUUGCAGAGAAUUGCCCAAACUUGAUUGCACUAAACAUUGAGUCUUGUCCAAAGAUAGGUAAUGAGGGCUUACAAGCUAUUGGAAAGUUUUGCACCAAUUUGCAAUCUCUUUCUAUUAAAGACUGCCCUCUUGUUGGGGAUCAUGGAGUAUCGAGUCUAUUGUCAUCAGCUUCUGGUGGGUUAACCAAGGUCAAGCUUCAGGCUUUGAAUAUCACAGAUUUCUCUCUUGCUGUAAUAGGGCACUAUGGCAAGGCUGUUACUAGUCUUGUUCUCAGCAGUCUCCAGCAAGUGAGCGAGAAAGGCUUUUGGGUCAUGGGAAAUGCUCAGGGUUUGCAAAAGUUGAUGUCUUUGACAAUUUCUUCUUGUCGGGGUAUAACAAAUGUGAGUAUUGAAGCUAUAGCAAAAGGAUGCACGAACUUGAAGCAAAUGUGCCUGCGCAAGUGCUGCUUCGUGUCAGACAAUGGAUUGAUUUCUUUUGCCAGAGCUGCAGGAUCUCUUGAGAGCCUGCAAUUGGAAGAGUGCAACAGGGUUACACAAUCAGGGAUUGUAGGUGCAAUCUCAAAUUCUGGAACAAAGUUAAAAGCUCUUAACCUUGUGAAAUGCAUGGGGAUUAGAGAUGGAACAUCAGGAAUGCCAUUGCUCUCACCUUGUAGCUCUCUUCGAUCCUUGUCCAUCAGGAACUGCCCUGGAUUUGGUAGUGCCAGCUUGGCUUUGGUGGGCAAGUUGUGCCCUCAGCUUCAGCAUGUAGAUCUCAGUGGCCUUUGCGCUAUUACAGAUUCGGGACUUCUCCCACUCUUGGAGAGUUGUGAGGCAGGACUUGUUAAGGUGAAUCUUAGUGGCUGCAUGAGUUUGACUGAUGAAGUAGUUUCAGUCUUGGCUAGGCUUCAUGGUGGAACUCUAGAAUUGUUGAAUUUGGAUGGAUGCAGGAAGAUUACUGAUUCUAGUGUGGCAGCAAUUGCCAGAGGUUGUUUGUUUCUUAGUGAUCUAGAUCUGUCAAAAUGUGCUGUCACUGAUUCUGGAAUUGCUGUCCUAGCAAGCGCAGAUCAGCUCAAUCUUCAAGUCCUCUCCCUAUCAGGUUGUUCUGAAGUAUCAAAUAAGAGCUUCCCUUUCCUAAAGAAAUUGGGCAGAACCCUGCUGGGGUUGAAUCUUCAACACUGCAGUGCCAUCAGCAGUAGCACAGUUGACCUGCUUGUUGAGAACUUGUGGAGAUGUGAUAUCCUGUCCUAAUCAGGAAGCGGAAUGAAAUGUGCAGAAAUGAAGAUAUUGGACCGUUUUCUAGAGUUCAAGAAAUCCAGUUGGAUUUCAUAGCUUGUACAAGAAUUAAUUUUCAUAUAGUCAGCUCACACUGGUAGCAGCAUUCAGCAUAGGUUUUUUGGCCCAUCAGUAUAGUGGGUACACUAGUAACUCCGGUUUGGUUGUUUUCCAGGGAACUUUGGCAGAUCACUCCUUCGUUUCACUUUUUGCAGGCUUGAAAGCUUGUUGUAACUCUUUAGCCCCCAUUCCUGGGAGGCAUACUCAUUCGAAGCCAUGGUCUCUUGAGAAUACAUUUACCAAACCCUAGUUAGAUUUUCGCCUGCAACUACUCCAUUCCUUAUCUCAAGUGCUUGUUGUCCUUUGCUGGAUGUGAAUACACACUUUGAAUGUCAGCUCGUCAAUUGAUGUUUGAUGGCAUAUUGAUAAUCGAUCCCUCGACCAAGGUUACUUUGUUCAAGUCAUGUGCAGUCUCUUGUUUUAAUAAGUUUAUCUCAGUUGCUAGUGUCUUUAUAAAUAUUAAUAAUGCUUGAAGCUCUUGUUACUUUGUUUAUAAAGUAACAAAGGUUUAUAAGGGUUACUUUGUUCAAGUCAUGUGGAGAGUCUCUUGUUUUGUUAAGUUUAUCUUAGUUGGGAGUGUCUUUAUAAAUAUUAGUAAUACUUGAAGCUCUUGUAGCGGUCGAGGUUCUUGUGUGUCCUUGGUGUGUAAGGUUGCUUAGGGCAGUUCUGUGUCUUGGGGUGCCUCAGAUCAGCAGGCUUUGGCAGUGGCAUUAUGGGUGAUAACUUUGUUUUGUAUUCUAAGCCAGGCUUGAUUUUUCAGGUUCUCUUUGAUUAUGAAUUGUUCUCUGCAACUGCUUCAAUAAAAUGUAAUAUUUCCCUUUCUGUUGUGUAAUUCAGUCCUUUGGAAGGUGUUUCUAUGA